ACAUGGCAACCUCAGAGUCUACUAAGACUCAUCUUCCGCACUUGCCUGGUGAUGAUAACCGAGGUGCACAAAUGUGCAGUCACUACAGCACCGCCGAAAACACCGACAAGCUGCCGUCCAACCUUGAAGAGCUCGAGGCAGAACGUGAGAAGCGUAAANAGGACUAUGCUCAGAUCGCUCAUGACUACUACGAAUUGGCUGGCGGUAAUCUCGAGUUCUCGUGGAACAAGAAGUUCCACUUUGCUCCGUUCCUCGAUGACAAACAGUCCAUUCGAGAGGCGUUGGCUGCUCAUGACCAUUACCAGUUCAUGACUAUGGGAGUCAAGCCAGGUAUGCGAGGCUUGGACGCUGGUUGUGGUGUUGGUGAGCCCGCGCGCCAGUUUGCAAGGUGGGCCGAUGUUCAUGUUACUGGUGUCACCAUCACCCAGCAGCAAGUUGAGCGUGCGAACAUGCACUCUGAAAACGAAGGUAUCACUGACAAGGUUGCUUUCGUCCGGGCAGACUUCUGUUUCAACUUCGCCGGUUUCGAAGUCACCCACAUGGAAGAUCAUGCGCUCAAGAGUUUACAGGGCCGCCCGUGGUGGACCCCUCUUGAUGGCGAUACUUCGAAAUUCCCUGAUCGGCACGAUUGGUGGAUAGUGCUCUGGCUUAAGCCUGCGGUGUGGAAAGCUGUCAAGGCUUUGGUCUGGUUCCAAACCAAGAUUGGCAUGUUGAGCAAGGUUGACGCUGACUCUAUCAUGGAGGCACUCAAGACACAAGGACAAGCCGUGUGGGGUAUGAGAGAUGGUGGUAAACAUGGUAAGUUCUCUGCUUCUCUGCAAACUGGAGAUGCG